CUUGCGUUCAACAAGUCCAGCAAACGGAGCAGCAGCUGAACCUCAGUGAACUAUCAAGUGUAUCUAUUUGUUUCUUUGUGAAAGUAACCAAAUCCCAAAACUUUUACCAGCAUGUCCUUCGCACAGUUCUUGGUCGCCUGCUGCCUGGCCUUCGUCCUGCUUUCCGUGUCCACCACUCGGGCUGCAGCUCAGGGUCCUCCUCUCUGCCAGACCGGCAUCGUUGAGGAGAUGCCCCCGCACGUUAGGAAGGUGUGCCAGGCCCUCGAGAACUCCGAUCAACUGUCCACGGCUCUCAAGUCCUACAUCAACAACGAGGCAUCUGCUCUGGUGGCCAACUCCGAUGACCUCUUGAAGAAUUACAACAAACGCACGGAUGUCGAUCACGUUUUUCUGCGCUUCGGCAAGCGUCGUUAAGGACAUGGACUCCAAGGAUAUCACUGCUAAACCCUGUUUGAUCCCGACUCGAGACAACGACUCCUGGACCUUGACACAAUCGGCGAAAUCGUUUCUGUUCACACAAAGCACAGCACUAUUUUGAUGUCUUCAACAUAUUAUGCAAAUGUAAUCAAUGGAAACUCAGAACUUUACUCAAUUGGAAGCUCUCUAGUUCAUUAAAUAACAAAUCGAUGUGUCCAAUGUUUCUAUAAAAAAAAAUCGAAUACAUAUUUGUACAUAAUCAAAGACCCCCGAAACGUUCUUAAAGUUGAUUCCUUAGUUUUAAAUUUAUUUUGAUUAAAUGCUUUCCCGAAGCGGGACUUUUAAAUGUUAAAAAUAAUACUACAUAUUACCUUUUUAAUGUUUCACCUAUAAUUCCCUUGCAUGAAGCACUAUUAUAAAAUAACCAACAAAUGUUUUAAACUCCACACAAAAUUUGUUAUUUUUUAAAUAAAGACAAACUUUUCCUCUCAAUAUGUCAAUGCAUGAUAAAAUGCAAUUGAAA